AUCGGAAACCAUGUCUUUACUCUGCAAACGUCCCUCUGCAGGGCUCUUGUCACCAUUUCUGAUAACAAGAAGUGUCUCUACUUCUCCAUACGGUCGCUCACAUGUUUUCAAGCAACGUCUACCCAAAUUGCCCAACCCAGUAGUUCCUCAUUUCCCUCAGCGCGUCGUUCGUGCGGACGGCUCAUCAUACAUGCAAUGGACGACAUCGCCACGCUCACGAAUAACGUUGACGCGCGAUACAACAAACCACCCUCUUUGGAACGCUACUCACCGUUUGAGCGGAGCGGUCGGAGAGGGAGGUAUAGAAGAUGAAGAGCAGGAGGGCACUGGUCGUUUGGGACGCUUCAAGAGAAGGUUUGGACAGGAAGUCGGUGUGGGAGAGUGGACUGAGCUUCAAGAGGGCAUUGAGGCUGAAGUGGAGCCUCCAGCGAGCAAAAAGCAAAAGGCAACCCCGAAGAAAUGAGUGCGUCGAUGCCUCGUCUGUCUUUGGUCCUUGGACUUCUCGCAGCGGACUCCGUUGCAAGCAUACUUAAGUUGGAACUUGUCAUUUUAUCACUAAGAUGCACAUUUACCUCAAUCAAGUAUGUUUCGGGUGUUGAAACGUUGAUACCUUGCCAUCAAUUUCAAAAGUACAAAAGUUCGUCUUGUACAUACCGUGUACGUACGUCUUGGCUGUCUUCGCAAUGCGCUUGUUCCUGCCUACUCUCGCAUCGCUGUAUCACCCAUGUCAGCCUUCACUAAUCCAUUGGGCUCCUUGCUGUUUGCGUCUCGACUCUCAUUUGAUGUUUGAACGUUAAACGUCAAUAUUCCAUGCCGUUUAUGUAAUUUGGAGCAUGGUUCCAUUUUGCAGCUUCGCUC